CAAUCGACAUCAAACAGUCGAUCAUAGCCUUCGAAAUUGACAGGCUAACUAAUAAAGAGACGGGACAGCUGGGGGGGGGAAAAAACCUUUGUGCGUCUAUAUUUCUUUUACGGACCAUCAAUCGAAUAAACCGGAGAAAGAAAAUAAACAGCCGAGCGACGUGUAACGUAUGAUUGGUGCAGUCACAAUUGCAACCCAUGAGAGCGGGUUGAGUCAGCAGCACAUGAGGCCGCUGUAAAUAACCCGGCCCCCGGCACAAGACAGCGAGAGAAAGAGGAAGAGAAACAAAAAUCAAAACAAGCCGACCUCCUCAAAAUAAACACAGGAAAGAAGAAGGAGGAGAGCGAGAAAAAAAGACCAGAUUACAGAAACUUGUUGACGUUUUGUUGCAGUCGUCGAGCACGAUCGAAGAGGUUGGGGGCGGGGGCGGUGAAACAAGCGACUGGGGCAGCCUGGAGCCCGGGACCUGACCCCCAGCGGCCUCGCUCUGCUCCUGGGGCCCGAAGGGAGUGAAGUGUAGGCGGCGGCGGCGGCCUCGCUGGCUGUGGAGAGGGGGAGCGGCAGCGGCCUCCUGCUCCUCCUCCUCGGCCUCGGUUAUUGUAUCAAACCGCGGCGACUGUGAUAACAAAGUCUGCAAACUUGGGGAUCGCGGGAGCCAGCCCUCCUCCUCCUCCUCCCCGGAUAUACCUUCCCCCACCCCCUCCUUCGGCAGCUGCAGUAGAUGCCGAUCGCUUCCACUUCUCACUCGGCACAAGAGCCCUGUCUGUACCCGCGGCUGCGGGCCGGACAGUCCGCUCCACCCAAAGACGGCAGCGGGGGCCGCGAACAGGCUGCACCGGCGGAGGAGCCGCGGCCGCCCAGCAGCCAAGAAGCCGCAGGAGGGGGCAGACUGGCGCUGGGCAGCCCACACUCGGAGCUGGUUCCGCGCCUCGAACCGUGGGACAGGGGCGCCGGCAGUGUCAGCAGGUUCCCCCAGGCCGGCCCGCACCCUCUCCUGGAACCGCCCCGGACCAGGAGCAGAUCCAGGUCGGGAUUCAGCGGCAACUCCAACUGGCCUUACUGCGGCCAAGCGGGGGCGGGCGGGCUCCAGCUCCAGCACCAGCACCAGGCUCAAACAGGCGGCCAAAGUCACGGAAACAAUCCAGCUCUAGGGCAAGGGGCCACGGACAUCGCAACUGGAGCAGCCCGGCCAACAGGUGGCAUGGUUCCUUCCUUUCCCUAUCACCCAAGUCCAUGUGACCCUCCUUUCAAUGAAGACAGUGAUAAGAGUGAAGAAAGCCCAAGCCCUAAACGUCAACGCCUCUCCCAGUCGUAUUUUGAAUAUACAGCAGUAUCUCCUGCCCCGUCACCACCAAUGCGACCAUGGGAAAUGACAUCUAAUAGGCGACCUCCCUCAGCUCGACCAAAUCAACACCAUUUCUCAGGGGAAAGGUGCAAUACACCUGCACGAAACAGAAGAAGUCCUCCUGUUAGGCGUCAAAGAGGAAGACGAGAAAGACUGACUAGACAUAAUUCUGUGAACCAAGAUGAAAACUACCACCAUCAUCCUUACGGACAGCAGCCGGCUGCAGAGGAGCCCAGAGCAUUUCACCCUCCGAACGUAUCUCCACGCAUGCUCCACCCUGCUGCACACCCUCCACAACAGAAUGCAGUGGUGGUUGACAUCCAUGAACAGAUUCACCAGGGUGCGGUUCCUGUCUCAUACACUGUUACUACUGUAGCACCACAUGGAAUCCCGCUUUGCACAGGACCACACAUCCCAGCAUGUAACACGCAACAAGUUCCAGGGUGCUCAGUUGUAUUUAGUGGGCAACAUUAUCCUGUGUGCAGCGUACCACCUCCGAUGCUCCAGGCAUGUUCUGUACAACAUUUGCCAGUCUCAUAUGCUGCAUUUCCUCCUCUUAUCUCAAGUGAUCCCUUUAUAUUGCACCCUCCACAUCUGUCGCCCCACCAUCAUCCUCACGUGCCACCACCGGGCCAGUUUGUACCAUUCCAAACACAACAGUCACGGUCGCCUUUACAAAGGAUAGAGAACGAGGUGGAGUUACUGGGAGAACAUCUUCCUGUUGGUGGUUUUACUUAUCCUCCAUCACCACACCCACCUACCCUUCCUCCUUCUGCGCCACUCCAGUUCCUGCCACAUGACCCUCUGCACCAAGAGCUGCCCUUUGGAGUACCAUAUCCUCAUUUCAUGCCUCGAAGACUGACAGGGCGCAGAUAUCGUUCGCAGCAACCUUUACCACCUCCACCUUAUCACCCUAGCUUCUUACCAUAUUUCCUAUCAAUGCUUCCAGUUCCCCCUGCUGUGGGACCAGCUUUUAGUUUGGAAUUGGAUGUCGAAGAUGGUGAGGUGGAAAACUAUGAGGCACUUCUUAACCUAGCAGAACGACUGGGAGAAGCCAAACCACGUGGACUUACAAAAGCAGACAUCGAACAACUUCCAUCUUAUAGGUUUAACCCUAACAACCACCAGUCAGAGCAGACUUUAUGCGUAGUGUGCAUGUGUGAUUUUGAAUUAAGGCAACUACUUCGAGUCUUGCCCUGCAGCCAUGAGUUUCAUGCCAAGUGUGUCGACAAAUGGCUGAAGGCAAAUCGUACAUGUCCAAUUUGUCGAGCUGAUGCUUCGGAAGUUCACAGAGAUUCAGAAUGAAACCAAUCAAAUAGCACAAAUUUGGGUGUACUUUGUGGCAUAUAAAUGAACUAUUCAUUGAACUUAACCUAUUGUGGCUUCCAGCCUUCCCUUUACAUUAAGGGUCAUAAUGUGAUGCAGUCAUUUGACCUUCCUUUGCACUGUGUGAUUCAAUGACUUAUAAAGCUUAUAUAGUCUUCACAUUGAAACAAUUAUGGGAUUGUUAUACUAACAGUGUGAUUGGAACUCCAAAGAUUUUUUUUCAGCUUAAAUUUGUGUGUGCACUAACAUUCCCUGGUUUUUGUGUGAUCAUUCCAGGUGUUGCUGCAGGAUUACUAUAGAUGUGAUCUUUUGGCAUGUGUGCUUUUUUGAUUUUAUUUAUAUAUAUAUAUAUAUAUAUAUAUAUAUAUAUAAUAUAUAUAUAUGUAUAAAUAAAGAGGUAGUUAAACUGUUUUAGCGAUCUACCUUAUAGAGCAUUCAGGUACUGUGAGUGAGUAUGAUUGUAAGCGUGCAAGUAUUUUAGCCACAUGUACUACUUCCAGACAAGCUUAAGUACUGGCAUAACGUGAGUUGUAUGUGUGUAGUCUUAAUUAUGCUGAAAUGUAUAGCUGUGUUAUUUAAACAGUACUAGUACUGUACACUGGUUUCUCUCUUUGUUUGCAGUUGCACACUGUAUACUAAGGGUGCAACAAUUAUGAAUUUUUUUUCACUCAGUUGCUCCUCAGUAUUUUAUAUUGGCAGAUUAGAAGAGCAUAUAUUUAUAACACACCCCAGCUAAAUGAUUAAGGGUGAAAGAUUGUGCAAAUUUAUAAAACUAUUAUUACCCAGAGAACCAAAGCGGUGAGUGGCUGAAAUAAUUUGCUGCGUUUUCCUGUAAUAUAUGGUGACUGGAAGUCUUAUACAAGCAGAGUGACAGAGGUUUAAAACUGGGUGUGCUAUAAAAAUAUCAUUUAUUGCUAGAUAUUACUGGCCAGUCUAAAAAUGUGGGUCUCAGGUGUGCAACAAAGUCCUAUCAGCACCUUAAAAUGUAACCUUGGUUGUUAAACUACUUUGCUAUCUUGAAAAAUUUAAUUCUCUGCUUUAUCCUUUGAUCUUAAUAUCAAUGCCAUGUUUUAACACUACCUUCAACUUAAUGUUGCUUUCUUUUAAAAAUCUGGUUUGAGCACAGCAUAAGUAGGCACUCUGCUCCAAAUUUUAUACUAGCUUUCAGCUCCGCCUUUCAAAUUAUAUUUCUAACUAAUUGAAUAUUUUCUCCCAUCUUUAAUUUUUAGUUCCAUUGUAUGUAAUAUUUUAUAUAAUUACAUUUUCUUAGAUUUGGUUAUAUACGUUUCUCCAUGUAUAUCUCAAACUAACCCAAUUAGAAUUAUUCACACUUGCAAAAGGCCAAGUCACAGAACUAAGCAGAUUCUGUUUUAAAACUUGUAGGAAAGCAUUGAGCAGUUAUUUUUUGCCCCUGAGCAAUUAUUAGACCAGAGACCUAUUACGUCGUGAUGAGGACAAUAAUCAACAGUCAUGAAGAGCUCCUCAAAAGAAGUAUUUGAUUCAAUUCUAAGGAAAUUUUGUAAAGAAAAAUUACUAUUUUUAUAGUAUAGUCGGGAUUAAUUGUUGAAUGUGAACAUUUGGGGAUAAAGUAGAGAUCAUACAGAUUUGCAAUGAAGAAAAAACGAAACUUAUUUUUUGUUUCUCCAAGAAUGUCAUUGCUCAGUGGUCAUCUUUGAAUCUGUAUUGAUUAUUCUUGUAGACUUAACACUUUGCUAGUAAAAAUUGAACCCAAUGUUUGAUUAAAGCAAUGAUUGCAAUCUGUUGGUUUGGAAACUGUUAUUAUGAAUACAACUUGAGACUUAUUGUAAUUAUUUAAUGGUCACACCUACAGCAGGUGAUUUAUUUGUUUUCUAUUUGGUUGGAUUAUUGAGAUGUUUGGGAACUUGGUAUUGUCACAGAUCAGACCUGUCUAUAACUGCUUAACACUUAAAUUGGGUGCAAAAGCAGAACUAAUGUUCCCUUCCCCUACCUAAUUAUUUUUCAUUUUAUAAACAUGGUCUAAAAAAAUCUUGGAACUGAUGAUUUCUGGUCUUUUGCUUCAGUUGUAGUAGAAACUAAAUGCAAACCCCAUCUGUGGACUCAAGUUUUCUUCUCUCUAUUUUCAUCAUGGAAUAAUGGUAUCAGUAUGUCAAUGUUAUUGGUUUGAAACAUGCUAUAAAAUUGGAUUCAGUAGAAUUUCACAAGAACGUUGAGUAAUCCGACCACCAAGAAAUUUGUCUUGAGUCUGUGUUUUUGAUUUUCAGUAUUCACCAGAUGUUACCAACCAGUGUUAAUUUUUCACACACAUGCUGCUGGUCCUGAACUGAAUGCUGUUUCUCAAGGCCUAUCUAGUGUUUCUAAAAGACUUGCUGAAAGCUUUGCUCAGACAUUUAAAAUGCAAGAAUAGAUGCCUAAUUUAUCUGUUCAGUUAUUUGUAUAAACAUGAGCAUUCUUUAUCAUUGAGCCUGAAUGCAUUGUGUGUGGGUUCUUGAAUGGAAAUUAGAUAUAUAUAAAGAAAAUUUGCUGAAAUUUUCAACAUUGCACAAUGAAUUUGUAAACUUAACUAGAAUGACCUGUAUUUCAGAACGUUUGAUAAAUUCUAAGCUAAUUGCUCUUAUUUAUUAUUUAUGCAACACAACAUUUGCACAUCAUGAAAGAGAAGUUGGAAAUGCAAGUCUUUUAGAAAUGCUGUUUUUCUCCUCUUGUCCAGUCUCUUCUCAGUUACAUCUAUGAUUUCUCUGACAUUUUAUCAUCCGUUUCAGAAUUUCCAGUUUGUGGGCUCCAGCCGCCUCCUGUUUACUAUGACCGUGCAGUCCCUUUACAUGUCCAUCUCCCAUCAGGAUGGUCUCAGGGCUCUGUGUGCUUCUAGAAAAAAAGCCUAAACUGUCUUCUUCCACCACCACCCUCCUCCGUGUGGCCGAGCUCGUUCUCACUUCAAACAACUUCUCUUUUAAUCCUUCUCACUUUCUUCAGGUCAAAGAGUUACUCACAUGGGGCCCCAUUUAUUCCUGUCUCUUUGUGGAGUACAUGAACAUUUCUUGUUCCAGUCCUUUCCGGCCACCAACCACAACCUUCUCCAGUGUAUCAAUGAUCUCGCUGGUGCUGCUUACCUCUCUCAUCCAGAAUUGGGAUGGUUUAUCAAUUUCUCUUCCAAUUUCAACCUUGUUCUCACCUUCAUCUGGUCCAUCUCUGACUCCUCCCUUCUUUUCCUUGGCAAGUCUGUUUCUAUUUCUCAGGAAAGGCAGUCCGUCAAUAUCAACUACAAAUCAACCAACUCUACAUUUACCUUGAAUGUACUUCCUCACAUCCUACUUCCUGUAAAGACUCUUCCAUUCACACAGUUCCUGUGUCUCCAUCACAUCUGUUCUGAUGAUGCCAACUUUGAAGAGGAGGCUUCCAAAAUGUCCACCUUCCUCAACUCUUGAUUCCCCAGCAAUAUAAUUGAAAGGGCCCUCAGCCAGGUCUGACCCAUCUCCCGUAGUUCAGUCCUUACCCCCUUCUCUUCCCUGACACAACGGAGGUAGAGCUCCCCUCCCUUUUGUCCUGACCUUCCAUCCCACCAGUUUCCACAGUUAGAGGAUUAUUAGCCCCCUCCAGCAGGAUGCCACCACCAGACAUAUAUUCUUCUCCUCUCCCUUGUCAGCCUUCUGCAAGGACCAUUCCUCUGGGUCCACUCCUCCUUCACUCCCAGCAGCCCCCUCAAAGCCCCAGGCACCUUCCCCUGCAACAGCAGUAGUUGUAACUUGUUGAAAACCUGCUCAUUUAUUUCCGCCCUCUUAAGUAUCCAAAGGCCCAAACGCACCUUCCAAAUGAAGCAGUGCUUUACCUGCGCUUCACUCAAUCUGGUGUAUGCUCACUGCUCAUUAUGUGAUCUCCUCUGUAUUGAAGAAGCAAAGCAUAGAUUGGGUGACCACUUCAUGGAACAUCUACAUUCUGUCCGCAAAAAGAUCCUGAGUUUCAAAUUGCCUGCCACUUCAACGCACCACCUUGUUCCCUGGCCAAAGUUUAUCUCAAGAUUGCUGUAGUGCUCCAGCAAAAUUUAGCUUAAGCUGGAAGAACAGCGCUUCACCUUCUGCUUGGAAACUCUAUCUACAUCUGGACUCAAUAUGUAGUUCGACAGUUUUGGAGCUUGAGGCACCUUCUCCAUGUCCUUAUCCUCAGCCCCAUGCACCAGGCCUUUGUAUCACAUGGUCACUACUCAUUGUUAGCUGCUAACAAUCACCAUGAGCAUCUAAUCAUUCUUCUAAGCUGACCAUUACCCAAUCUUUUGUCUGUCCAACUGUUCUUCUGUCCGAGCUCUGUGUCCACUUAUAGUUUACCCCAUCGGUCGGUCGUGUGCACACCUAUAUAAACACAAAUUUUUCCUAGCUACCAUCAGUUCCGAAGACAGGUCACCAGAUGCAAAACAUUAGCUGAUCUCCCUCCACAGAUGCUGCCAAAACUGCUGAGAUUUUCCAGCAAUUGUUUUAAAUAAAUGCUGGAUUGUUACGAUGCAGUCUGUUCUAGCAUCAUUAUAUGGAUAUUUACAAUUAAUUCUGAUUCUAAAGUUAUGGGACUUUGUUGAAAUGUAUACAUUCUACUUAAGAAAAUUUGUAGCUUGGGUAAUGUUAUGUCUGUCCUUGAAAAUGGCUAUAGGAGACUAAUUGAAAGAGCUCCUAUCUGUCUUAAAACAACAUUGAAGUUAGCGUUUUCUGUUAUCAGUGCUUUCUUUAACUAUUUCCUGUAACACCAAAUAUAAACAACUCACAACUGCCGCAUGAUACCACAUUGCAUUACAAUGACAUUUCUAGUGACAAUGCAUUAUAAGCAGAAUGUACACAGAUAUUGUAUCCCUGCUACACUGCGAGCACUUAAAAUGUUUUUAAGCAGCUGUAUAUCAGUUGUUUUGCUUAUAGUGUACUAUAGCUAUGAAUGCUGAGACUGAAAUGCAUACGUAGUAUUAACUGGACAACAUCAUUUAGGUUGAACAGUGCUGCCUUAUUUGUUAAAAUAGACCAUAAUCUUCUUCAUAAAAAAGUUAAUUAUCAUUGUGACCGUAUAACUUAGGAAGUCCAACCUGAAGGAUAAAAUUUGCGUAAGCCAGGAUUGGAGUUUUUUUUAAUUUGGGGGGAAGGAAUAUAUAACUUAGUUAUAUAUUCCUUAUAACUUAGUUGAAUGAUGUAAAUUGAGGCUGAGAGGAGGUACUGUAAUAGUUAGGUUGGGUUAUUGGCAAAGUUAAUUGUUGCACUCUUAAUACUUAAUCACUUUUGAAAUGUUUCUCAUGUUGUUUGCAUGGAAACUCUAGAACAGUUGUGUGCAGACCUUGCUUUCUGUGGUCAGUGUGUACUAAACACAUGUGCAUGUGUAUCAAAGGAGACCAUAUUGGCAACGGCUGCUUUUGCCCAGCUAGGUCUGGUGUGGGUGGAAAUGGAGAGUCAUGCUGAACUAUUACUGCCAUGAAAUGAAAUGCGCAUUUAUAUAUUUAAUCCCGCAGUCCGUAUGAUACAAGAAAAGCAACAAUAUACAAUAAGAUUUAAUAUGUCUUGGUCAACCCCACAAGUUUAUUGAUUGUGUCCUGCUUAAAGUUUUGUGUUUUGCAUGGGUUUUUGGUGGAUAGUUUCAAACUUACAUUAAUUUUGUAAACAAAAAUCAAUAAGAUCUUGUGAUAUCCCAGGUUAUAGUCAUUAUAUUGAGAAGCCAAAACUAGACUGCUAAAGUUUAAACAUUUAGCAUUACUUGGUCCAUUGUCUUAAUACUGUCGUAUUGGAUUCUGGAAUGCUAGUUUUUCAACAGCAGUCUAAACUUUGAGGAGAAGCAUAACCUAAAGCACAAAAUCUGGGUCAUCUUUAGGUCUUAAUAGACAUUUUAGUGUGGGAUUUUUCUUUGGUACAUAUACAUUUACCUCAUUUUGCCACUUAUGUAUUUAAAAUUGCUAACGAAUCAGAAACAAAAACAAAUUAUUUCUAUUGACUUCAUUUUGGAGUGUUUCAUUAAAUCAUACAUACAUUGUAUCAUUUACUAUGACAAGUAGUUUUCAAUGUUGUAUUAUAAAUCGACCUGUAACCAAAUCAUUUGAAGGCUUGAUAAAUUUUUAACAAAAUUUGUACAUUUUUUAUGAAAGUUACUAGUAAUGCUUUACUAAGUAGUGCAAUUAAUUUUUAUUUUUAAUCCCUGUGCCCAGUUUUGGAGUUGAGAGGGUUGUUCAUUAAUAAAUGUACGAUGUAUACUUGCUCAGUUGACUUUUUA